AUGAUGACGCGUGCAUCGUCAUUUUCAAUCGUCAAAACAUUCUUGAGUUGUGUAAUUUUCUGCUGCGACAAGGGAAAAGCUCACAACAGACUAGUACAGCAUCCACGCAAAAUGUCUCUUUUACAUGUUUGCUGUACUACAGUUAGAGGUUUUGUAAAGAAAGGAUUAUUUUUAGAGUCGACUUAUACUGCAUGUCAUAGGACAGCAGGAUAUGCAUCUGGUGGUGUGGCCAAAGAUAAAGAACCGUUAAAGAAAGCAAAAACGCCCCAAGGACGCUUUGACAUGGACGAAACCGAGUCAAAAUCUAAAGUUGUUUUUGAACGAUUUCCAGAUGAUGUGAAUCCAGAAACUAAGGAGAAAGGUGGUCCCAGAGGUCCUGAUCCUACACGAUAUGGUGAUUGGGAGAGGAAGGGACGUUGUAUUGAUUUUUAAUUUGCCCUGUUAAAAAUAUCCAAAUGUAUUUAUUUUAACAUUUGAAUGUGAGUAAUAAUUCUGUAUACAGAUACAAAAAGAGAAUGUCUGGAAUGUUUGUCUUUGCCGAUUGUAUGGAUCUACUAUGUAGGAUGAAUAGUUUGUGUAAAAGUAGUUUGAACUACUUGAAUGGUUCUGUUCAGCCUUUAAUUGGCAUUUUGAAAAGAAUCUGCUAUUAGAAAUCAAAUGUUUUUAUUCUCUUUGAAAGUGGGUAACAAAGUCUGCAAGGCCUGAAAGAUCUCUUCAAAGAAUAAACAUAUUCAACAUA